AUGCGUAGAUUCGGGGCUGGGAACAGAUCCGUUUCCAAGCUCGCGCUCACCAUUUGUGUAGCUAUCCUGUUCCUACCAUCUCUAUCAUAUGGAGCUCCACAUGGAAACCGCAAUACGUUGAAGUCUUCAGUGUUUUCCUUGUUCAAUCUCAAGGGAAAAAGCAAAUAUUGGAGCGAGUCUGUUCUUCGUAGCGAUUUUGAUGAUCUUGAGUCUUCAGUCCACUCCGGUGUGGAGAAUUACACUAAAGCAGGAAACAUUGCGAGUUACCUAGAGCUUAUGGAAGUCGAGUCUGUAUAUCUUCCCGUGCCAGUCAAUUUUAUUUUCAUAGGGUUUGAUGGGAAAGGGAAUCAAGAGUUUAAACUCCUUCCUGAGGAAAUCGAACGUUGGUUCAACAAACUUGAUCACAUGUUUGAACAUACGCGAGUUCCACACACCAAUGAAGCUCUCAAUCCCUUUUACAAGACUAACAGUGAAAAGGAGUCGAAACACCAUCUUCCUAUCAUCAGUCGUGUGAACUACAACUUUUCUGUUCAUGCCAUACAAAUGGGAGACAAGGUGACAUCAGUAAUCGAACGAGCCAUCAAUGUUUUAGCACGCAAGGAUGACAUUUCUACCAAUGGAGAUGAGGAAAAUGCUCUAAGACAAGUUGAUGUUGAGAUGAUGGAAUUCAUUUUCACUAGCCUUACUGAUUAUUUUCACAUUGGGGAUGCAUACAACGUAUUUAUUUUGAAUCCCAAACAUGAUAUCAAAAAAGGCAGAUAUGGAUACCGGAGAGGUUUUUCAGACUCGGAGAUAUCUUAUCUAAAAGAGAACAAGGACGUUAUAAAAAAACUUCUACAGUCUGGAAAGCCGUCAGAAAAUCUCUUAGCAUUUGAUAUGGUGAGAAAGCCAUUGUACGUAAAACAUCCAAUGCUCAAAUUUUCCUGGACAAAUGCGGAGGAGACUGAUACGACCGAGUGGUACAAUGCAUGCCAGGAUGCUCUUAACAAGUUGGAACAGCUAUCCCAUGGUAAAGAUGCAGCCGAGCUCAUUCAGAAUAAGGUUUUGCAGUUGCUUCAAGGGAAAAGUGAAGAUAUGAAGAUCUCUCUAGAAAAGGGUUUAAGAGCUGGAGACAUUAGCAAUCUUAACGCAGAAUGUCUGACUGAUAUCUGGAUCGGAAAGGGCAGGUGGGCAUUCAUCGAUUUAAGUGCUGGCCCUUUUUCAUGGGGACCUUCUGUCGGUGGGGAAGGAGUACGAACCGAGCUUAGUUUGCCAAACGUGGGAAAGACUAUUGGUGCAGUUGCAGAAAUAUCUGAAGAUGAAGCAGAAAACAGACUGCAAGAUGCAAUUCAGGACAAAUUUUCUGUAUUUGGAGAGAAAGACCAUCAGGCUGUUGACAUUCUUCUAGCGGAGAUUGAUGUAUAUGAACUAUUUGCUUUCAAGCACUGCAAGGGAAGGAAAAAGAAGCUCGCUCUUUGUGAAGAACUUGAUGAGAGAAUGCGGGAUUUAAAAACUGAGCUCCAGUCAUUUGAAGGAGAUGAACAUGAUGAGAUUCAUAAGAGAAAAGCCAUGGAUGCACUAACACGAAUGGAGAGCUGGAAUUUGUUUAGCGAUGAACAUGAGGAGUUCCAAAAUUACACAGUUGCACGUGAUACUUUCCUUGCACAUUUAGGUGCUACUUUCUGGGGAUCCAUGAGACAUAUAAUAUCACCCUCAGUUGCUGAUGGUGCAUUUCAUCACUACGAGAAGAUAUCUUUUCAGCUCGUCUUCAUCACAGAAGAGAAAGUUCGACGAAUCAAACAGCUGCCAGUGGAUCUCAAGGCCCUCAUGGAUGGACUUUCUUCUCUUUUAUUACCUUCUCAAAAACCUAUGUUCAGCCAGCAUAUGUUAACACUCUCGGAGGAUCCUGCUUUGGCUAUGGCUUUUUCAGUAGCCCGAAGGGCAGCAGCUGUCCCUCUGUUACUUGUCAAUGGAACUUACCGGAAGACUGUUCGUUCAUAUCUUGAUUCAUCAAUCCUCCAGUACCAAUUACAGAGGCUGAACGAUCACACUUCCCUUAAAGGAGGUCAUGCCCACAGCAGGUCUACUCUUGAAAUUCCUAUCUUUUGGCUCAUCAAUGGGGAUCCGCUGCUGAUUGACAAGCAUUAUCAAGCAAAGGCGCUGUCCAAUAUGGUCGUCGUUGUUCAGUCGGAGGCAUCUUCAUGGGAGAGCCAUUUGCAAUGCAACGGGCGAUCACUUUUGUGGGACUUAAGGAACCCGGUUAAAGCGGCCAUGGCUUCUGUUGCUGAACAUCUGGCCGGAUUGCUUCCUCUUCAUCUUGUCCACAGUGUAGCUCAUCAAAGUGCGAUUGAGGACUGGACAUGGUCAGUGGGUUGCAAUCCCUUUGCCAUAACUUCUCAAGGUUGGCAACUUUCACAGUUUCAAUCUGACACAAUUGCCCGGAGCUAUAUGAUUACGACGCUUGAAGAAUCAAUACAAGCUGUCAAUUCAGGGAUUCAUCUUCUGCGGCUGGAGCGAACAAAUGAAAAAUCGUUCAAGCUCUUCCAGUCGAGGCAACGUGAGCUGAUGAACAAGUACAAGUAUGUGAUUAGCCUGUGGAGACGACUUUCGACAAUUGCGGGAGAAACACGUUAUGGGGAAGCCAUGAGAUUUCUAUAUACCUUAGAGGAAGCCACAAGCGGAUUUGUUAAAGAAGUGAAUGCAACCGUUGAGGUUUUGCACCCAAUUCACUGCACAAAAGAGAGGAAGGUGAAAGUAGAAAUGGACAUGACAACAGUUCCUGCCUUUCUCAUAGUUCUGAUUCUUCUUUACGCUGUCUUAAGGCCAAGAGCUCCUAAGCCAAAAAUCAACUGA